AUGGCCCCCCGCAGGAAAGCGCGGGGCAGGUCGCUGCAGCUGGGGACCAUGGGAGGCGCCCACUCGAAGAGCCGCCGCACCUCGUCGGCCUCGGGCGUCGAGACGAUAGAGGCGAGGCUGGAGAAGAGGAAAUACGCGCUGAUGGACCUACCGGUGGACCUCAUCAUGCAGCACAUACUCCCGCACCUGACUCUCGAGGACCUCGGACACGUCGUGCUGGCCUCGCGGCGCCUCAGGGAGAUCGCGGAGCAGGCGGACGCGGCGUGGGCCGGAGCGUUCGCGAAGAAGUUCGGCGGCAACGUCAACUCCGACGUCGUGCUCAAGCGCGCCGCCGAACUCGCCGGCGGGUGGCGGGCACUGUGCCGCGCCAGGCGCGACCGGCACAUGGAGCAGAAAGCCAUCGCGGACUCCCUACGCUCCCACGCGUGCCCGCCCUCGGACUCCGACGUGCGCUCGAUGGCCGAGGCGGCCGGGGGCGGCCUCGCCGCGCACCUCCGCGCGAGCGACAGGGCCCUGAAGGCGUGCGCGGCGCCGACGGAGGUUCUGUUUUUGAUCGACACGAGCAGCAGCGUGCAGAACGUCGACUUCAAGAACAUGUGCUCCUUCGCGGCGGCGUCGAUCCGGGCCGCAGCGUCCUCCGAGGUCGCGGUGUCGGUCGCGCUCUUCGACGAGUCCGUGCACUGGUGGCUCCUGCGCCAGCCUGCGACGGACGCGGCCGCCGACUUCGUCAUGAAGAUCGAGCGCCAGCACGGCGGGACGGACAUCCGCGGGGCGCUGGUCCAGGCCCGCGAGGUGCUGCAGGGGCGCCUUGUGCCCAAGUUGUGCACUCUCACCGACGACGACGACGACGGCGGCUCCGGAAACCAUCCGUCCCUGGACUCGAGCCCCUCGACCUCCGAGGGCGGCUCGCCCGCGGGCACCCCCGCGUCCACGUCGCGCUUCAGCGCCGCGCAGGAGUCAGCGCCGCAGCUGCGGCACGUGGUCCUCAUGUCGGACGGACAGGUGCACUACGUCAACGCGCAGAGCGUCCUGCACGCGGCCAAGGAGCUCGUCAAGGAGCUGCCGGGGACGAGCAUCUUCACGAUCGGUGUCAGGCUGCAGACGUGCGUGGAAGCCGGGAUCCUGGAGGACCUCGCACGCGUCUCCUCCUCGACGCAGGGGCUGAGCUCUCCGUUCGCGGAGGCCCAGCGCUUCCUGUCGCUCACAGGGAGCAUUGCGAACGUCUGGUGA